GUGCUCUAGUUCCUCUCUGCCUCUGUUUCCCCACCCGGUGGGAAUCCAGAGGGAAGAGAGAGCUUGUGAUGCGCCUUGGUCAGCACCUUCUCUCUCUCCAUCUGGCCACGCCUGUCCAGGGAUCUGCAGCGGGUCAGUGUAUCUGAGUUCCACCGCCUGGCAUGUCCUCGCAUAGCAGUGCCUGGAGCGCAGGGUGGUGUCACUGCAGCGGGGGCGGCGGGGGCGGCAAGGUCGCAGUCCCAGGCUCCGUGCUCCGCACAGCCCAGUUCCCUGCACCUGGAUCCUCCCUUCGUGCCUGGUGCAGCGCCCGCGCUGGGACUGUACGCCCGAAGCCGACUCACGCUGGUUGGAGCCGCGCGCCCGGGGGCAGAGAGAGGUGGCGGUUCCCAGGGGCACACGUGGGGCUGGGUGCCCAGUAAGCCGCAGUGAGCCGGAGGCAUGGGCCAGGCGGCCUGGAAGGGGCUCGUACUAGCGCUGUUCGACUACAAGACAGCAAAGUUUGUGGUCGCCAAGAGCAAGAAGGUGGGAGUGCUCUACCGGCUGCUGCAGCUCUCCGUCCUGCUGUACCUGAUCAUAUGGGUGUUUGGAAUAAAGAAGAGUUACCAAGAUACUGAUACCUCCCUGCAAAGUGCUGUAGUCACCAAAGUCAAGGGUGUGGCCUUCACCAACACCACAUUGCUAGGAGAGCGGCUCUGGGAUGUGGCCGACUUCGUCAUCCCAUUCCAGGGGAAUAAUGCCUUCAUUGUGAUCACCAACCUGAUCCUGACUCUCAACCAGCGGCAGGGCACCUGUGCUGAGCAUGAAGGUAUCCCUGAUGGAAAGUGUUCUCAGGACAAUGACUGCCUUGCUGGGGAAACUGUUACAGCUGGACAUGGACUGAAAACUGGCCGCUGUCUGCGGGUGGGGAACUCUACCACAGGCACCUGUGAGAUCUUUGCUUGGUGCCCAGUAGAGAGAAGGAUCAAGCUAACGGAGCCCUUCCUGAAGGAUGCUGAAGACUUCACCAUUUUCAUAAAGAACUUUGUUCACUUCCCCAAGUUCAACUUCUCCAAAGACAAUGUGCUGGAAACAACCAACAAAACUUACCUGAAAACCUGUCACUUCAGCCCCAAGAACCUCUACUGUCCCAUCUUCCGACUAGGGACAAUCAUCAGCUGGGCAGGGACCAACUUCCAGGACAUAGCCCUGAAGGGCGGUGUGAUAGGAAUCUAUAUUGAAUGGGACUGUGACCUUGAUAAAGCUGCCUCUAAUUGCAACCCACGCUAUUAUUUCAACCGUCUGGACAACAAACAUUCAAAAUCCCUCUCCUCUGGGUACAACUUCAGGUUUGCCAGAUAUUACCGUGACCAUAAUGGGAAGGAGUACCGAGACCUGAUAAAAGCCUACGGUAUUCGCUUUGAUGUGAUAGUUUAUGGCAAGGCAGGAAAGUUCAGCAUUAUCCCCACAGUCAUCAACUUGGGCACUGGGUUUGCACUCAUGGGUGCUGGGGCUUUCCUCUGUGACCUGAUUCUCAUCUACCUCAUCAGAAAGAGGGGGUUUUACCGCGACAAGAAGUUUGAGAAAGUGAGUGGUCACAAAGCUGAGACCCAAGAAGCAAAGUUUGAUGUCAAGUCUAAGGAUUUGGACCAGGAUCUGCAGGAUGAACCGCCAGAAGGAAAUUCGGUGGGAGAAGCAGCUCCACUCCAGGAACAGCCCCAAGCUCUUUGAGCCAGACAGGUCCUCCUGCAAGCCAGUGUAGUCAAACUACAUUUCCACAGCCUCUUCUAGUGGUGCUGCGCUGGACCGUUUGUAAUAUGAACUCAUUUAAACAAG